UAUGAACAAACUAACAAAUUGGAUUAUUUUAUAUAAAAGACAUAAAUUUUCUCCUAUCAAAAAAAAAAAACAAAUAUCCAAUUUCAUAUUUCAGAAAAAUCCAAUUUAAUUUUUUUAUAAAUCAAAAAAUAUUUAUUAACCAUGUCUGGUCUUCCACCAAAAGAUGAUCCUAAACGUGAUGAGCUCGAACAUGAAGCAAUCGAUGCUCGUAAUAUGGCAGGACAACUUACCGAGUCUCUCAAAGACGGAAAACUUCCAUCCACUGAUCAAAUCACGCGAGCUAUUGAAACAGUUCAGAAAUCCGAUGCUCUUCAAGCUCCACAAGAUAUGUCUCCUUUAGGCAAAAAAGUAAUGGCUGAUUUUGAAAGGCUUUUAGAUACCACCAAAAAAAUAUUUGAAGAAAAGAAUGUAGGUGAUGAAUUACAGAAUGCUAUCUACUAUGGUAGUAAAGCCACAAAAGAUAUUACCGGAUCUGUUGUAACGGUUCCUGAUGAUCUGAAGAAUAAAGCUACCAAUGAAGCUUCAUCCACCCAACCAAUAUUUCAAGAUGCUUUCAAAAAAACCUUGUUAAUUCCUCAACUUCUCAUAUCAAGUUCAGAAUUCAGAAAAUUAAUAAAUGAUCUUCAUUCUAUCGUUCAAGAUGCUCUUUUGCGAACCAUUCCAGAUAAAGAUCCGAAUACAGAUGCUACUUCUAAAUUUGGUUCUAAUGAAGAAAAAUCUUUACAACAAGCAAAGCAAGAAACUAUUCAACAAGCUCGUGAGGGUGCUUAUCCUGUUGCAAAAGAAGCCGCAAAUGUUACUGGAGAACAUGUAAAGGACUUCAGUGAAGGAAGGAAAGGUUUUCAGGAAACCGCAAAAGGUGGAGCGAAACAAUUGGCCACACAAUUUAAGAGCAGAGUCUCUGAUUAUGAAAUAACUGAAGAACAACGUGACCACCUUGUGAACAGAUUCAAAAAUGUGAUGAUUGAAACUCAAUCACGACAAGAAUAUCAAGAGGUUCUCGAGGAUCUCAUUAAUAUCAUCUCUCUUCUUAGUGAAAAGUCUCAAUCAGUCACCGGUCAAGUAAAGGAGACCGCAAAAGCACAAGCUCAAGAAUCUACCGAUAAAUCAGACUUACAAACAGCUCAAGAAAGUGCUAAACAAUUAGUUGAAAAUUUCGCAAAUCAUAAAUCGCUUGAUCCUUUAAUUAAUGCAAUAAGAGAUCUCGGUAAAAUCGUUAAACGUGAUGAAGAGUUGAGAAAGUAUUUUAGUGAACUCCGACAAUUUAUCAUCUCGUCAUUACGUGAUCCUAAUUUUGUUCAAGAGACAAAUUACGUCGACCGCGGUUCAGAACUUAUCGAAACUGGAAGAUAUUUAUUACUUGAACGUUACUCUGAUGACACUCAACGUAUAGUUGAUGAAGCUAAGGAAUUCAAUUCAGCCUUGCAAGAUGAUGUUUUAACAACUCAAUGGUCUAAAGAUUUUGAAACUUUAAUUGGAGACUUAUUCUUGAAUGAAAAUAGUCAACCAACCAUUAAGUUCGAACUUCUCAAAGAUUUCAAUAAAAUUUUACCAGUAAUCGGAGAAAGAUUGAAAUAUUUGCCUCUUCCAAGAAUUGAAAAUUCUGAUGAAGAAUAUGAUUAUAUAUUCGAUAAUAUCGUUCUUUAUCUCGCUGAAGUUUUACCAAGUCACUUACACGUGAACUUUUCGACAGAUAUUAAUCUUGGCCGAAACGAACAAGAUAUACUACAAAACACCGCAUUCCUCGAAAUUUCUAAAAUAAAUGCUGAUGCUCGCAACAUCGCAUUCUAUUAUAAGAAGAAGAAAGGUCUCAUUAACAUGAUGGAUGUUGGUUUGGUAGAUUUUGCUAUCCCAAAGAAUGGAUUAACAAUUAAAUUGAAAGUCUUGAUGAACCCACCUACCGAUAAAAAUCAAGAACUUGACAUCAGAGUUUUAGAGGCUAAUACAAUCAUUGACGAUUUGAAAAUCCGUUUACAUGAUACUAAGCAUGAUUUCUUGUACACGGUCUUGACUCCUUUAGUUGAAAAACGUUUGAAAAAACAAUUUGCUAAUUUGAUUACUGAGAAAUUGGUUAAGAGUAUCGAUUACUUAAAAGAUAAUAUUAUUAAAGCUGAAGCCCAAGUUCGCCAACAAGUUACUGAUGUCGCGCGUACUAAAGUAAAGGGAAUGACUGGUGAUAUAAAACGAAAACAAGAAGCUUGGCAAAAUGAUACUAACCCUCAGGUUACUCAAGUCAGAGAAGAAUAAAUUUAUGUAUAGUUACUAGUAAAAAAAAAAAAAAAUAAUUUUAAAUUUUCGUUUUAAGUAUUAAGUAUUAUUGUAUUUUAAU